CGCUCAUCUGUGGUCCACACCCCCACCCUGUUCGCUUCUUCUCUUUCCUUCUCGUCUCACCUCGCCGCCACUCUUGUCGACAUCACUCGGCACACUCGCACCACAUACACACAAGUCCUGCAGGGUUUCUCUCGCUCGAUUUGUCACGACGCCGGACGUCUGUAUCCAUACGCGCUCUCCCAACUCUUGUACGGGCGUCCAUCGAAGUAACGAUGGCGGCGGCACGAUAGGUGGGGACAAUCCGCAACACCAUCGGCACCAACGAGGCAGUGACUUCUGCAUUGUGCAUCGCCCUCUUUCGCGAGUGGAGUCCAAACGACACCCAUAAAUGGCACAGAGGCAGCAGAGCAGUGACAGGCCCGCCGUCGCUGCAUCAAGCCCGGGGCCUUCGUCAUCAUCGUCGUUGCUGUCAUCGCCUCCCCGGGAGCAGCUUCGGCUUCAACACCAAGCGCAGAGACGCUCACUGCCUGACGAUGGAGGGAAUGGUAGUGCUGGUGGGAGUGGGAGCGGCCGAGGGCGACCGGGCGUGGAGAACACCGCUUCGCAUGCGGUAUAUGCACCAGGGUCCAACCCAGAUCACAUCUCCAGCGGCGGCCUUCAUAUCAGCUUGCCACCCGGUGUUCCUACUCCAAGCCUCAGCAUCUUUUCGCCCCCCGCCCACCGACCAGUCGCCCCCGCGGCGUCUUCUUCCGCUGCAAAGCCCGGCGACAGACCGGGUGGGGAGCAUGCCAGACGUAGCAGCGCCUCUUUUGACGGGACGAGUUCCACUCGAGCAGGCAAGGCUGUUUCCCCGCAACAGCAGCAGCAGCAGCAUGACCAGCAACUGCAGUCGCCGUCCGGCAGCAGGCCUUCCCCGCCCGGCGGCCCUGAGUUUUCCAACCCAUUUGCCGUUGCGGCCCCCGCGGCCUCGUCGGCCUCCUCCGCCUCGUCACCCGCCGGCGCGCCUUCAUCACUGGCGAACCCUGCCCAGGGGGAAUUCCGGCGGGCAGAGGCGAUGCUCCCCCGGUCCGUCGAGUGGGGGCCGAUUCACCAUCACUCGCCCGCCUCGCUACUCGCCAAUGCCACGCCAGGCACACGCUCGGCGAAGAGCACGCCUGGACGGCGAUUGGCGAGCGCCGUCGAGGACGAAGACGAAGUGGACCUCGACGUCUUUCCACUGCGAGGCAGCGACGCAAAGAGGAGAGACAUUGAUCUGACUCUGCCUCCCGCCAUGCUCAGCUCGGGCCGAAAGGCCAGUGUCAGUCUACAGCUCUUCAAGGAGACGAACAAGGGCACAGGAGGUGCCGGCGCCGCCGUGCCCGGACAAGGGCCAGGUCAAAGUCCAGGUCCAGGUCCAGGUUCAGGUCCAGGUCCACUUCCUGGCGCUGGGCCAGGCGGUGCAUCGAGCUCCCACCUGGAGAGCUUGGAGGAGAAUUCGCGACGAGGAAGCGGCGAGGGCGCAAAGACGGCUAGGGGGCCAAGCAAAGGAAGACUCGCCAUCGGCGCGUCUCGCAGCAGAAGCAAGCCUCCUCUGUCGGCUGAUCGACAGGUGGCUUCCUCGUCCUCAAGCACUCAUCCGAUAGUAGAUGGUCAGCGGCCAGCGACGCCUUCGUCCAUCUUGGGCCAGGCCGCCAGGGCCCAUCCUCCGGCAGAGCUGGUCGGCAAGGCCCCUGCGGCGGCGUAUCGCCGAUCACAGACUCAACCACCCAAGGCGCACACCUCGGAUCAUGCUUCUCGGUCCAGCGCUCUACUUGCCCCACGCCUGGCUGAUGUGGGCGAUGACGACGUCAGCUCCGACAGCUGGCAUAAGGUCUCGUCCCCUAAGCCGGCUCACGACGGAAGAGCCGAGGACAUUAUAGAAGAAGACGACUUGCCCAGCUCAGAGUCAUUCGAGGACUAUGAUUACGAUGAGGAGGACGAAGAGGACGGAGAGGAAGAUGAGGAAGAGGAAGAGGAAGAGGACUAUGACGACGAACAACAAGGAGGAGACAAAGAGGGAGUGGAAGACGAUGCGAUGCAGGACUUUGACGAUCCAGUCUUUGAAGGCCAGGACCAUUGGAACGACGACAUGGCUCGCUCGAGCUCCCUGACGAUUGGCACGCAUGCAGAGGCACAUCAGAGGGCGCUAGGCCUGCCGAGGGAUGCAAGCCCACCCACAGUGGUACAGCUGCAGCCCUUUGAUAACCAGGUGGGAGGCCACAACUCCAUCUUCCGCUUCUCCAAGCGCGCCGUCUGCAAGCCUUUGGUCAGUCGAGAGAACCAAUUCUACGAGGCCGUUGAGCGGGAGCAUCCUCGCCUCCUCUCCUUUAUUCCACAGUACCUCGGCGUCCUCAAUGUCACGUAUCGCCACGUCGAAAGAAUCAAGGAGGGGAGCGUCAGCGGUGCGCAGGCCGACGGCGAAGAGGGCGAUCACGAUACGGACGAUGGGAGAGAUGGACACGCGGGAGGGCAGGGGGCGGAGCGAGGCCGGAGACCUACAGCUUCGCGGCGAGCUUCAGAUAUGAAUGUGCCAGGCCGAAGAAAAGUAUUCGAGGGUCAGGGCGAUCAUGAGGACGAAGUGGCCGAGGUGGCGCUGGACAUGAACCGUCACAUCAUCCCCGAAUGGAUGCUCCGACGUAGCGGCGUCAAGAGCGAGAGGGGCACGCCAUCAGGCACGCCGCUGCAGAGACCCAGUGUCAGCCAUCGAACGCUGCCCGUGGGCCACCUGCACAAGCACAAGCAGCCCCAUUCGAUUGAGAGGCCUUCCUCUCAUCUCAGCUCCAGCGCAGAAGGGCAGAGCCACUCGUCUCAUGACCGAACCUUUUCGCCUCAGCUCGGCCCUACCUCGGCCGUCGGUGUCGACACGCCCCUCUCGACCAGCCCUCCGACGGCGCCGGCGUCGCCCGGAAUGUCGGCAUCGCCAGUGUCGUCUCGCAAUGUGUCCAAGGCUUCGAUGGGAGGCCUCAGCCUGCUUGACUCGAGCAUGCACGAGUCUAGUCGCUCCGUCACGCCGAGCUCUGCCGGCGGGCAUAUUAUAGGCCGCGGCUGCACCUCGGUCAACCGUCGUCUCCAAGAGCAAGUCCUGCGCGAGGUGUUCAGCACGCCUCUGCUGAAGGACGCAGACUCCCACGGAGGCUGGAGCUCGUCGAGAAGAACUGCGCGCAGGAACCGACGAAGGCUGGCAAAGGCGUGGGAGGAGAGCGAGGAAGGAGCUGCUCGGGCUGCCGUCACUCAAGCUGCGGCCGUUGCCGCCGCGGCCGAACCCUCGUCUACUCUUCUGGACGGCGACAACAGAGCGAGCAAAGAGACUGCGACAAAUCGCGAGAUGGAACGCCAGUCCAGGCAAGUGCCGCCUCGCCUGACCGACAGCAUUUCGUCGCUUGUCGAGGCGCCACUUCCGUCUGCUCCGCUGUCUAGUGGAAGUACCAAGACGCAAGAAUCGGGACAAUCUAGGCGUCCGCGAAGGGUGCACAGCGACGUCGCCCUGAUGCUCAAGAGUCGUUCAUCGCUUGGAAUCACGCCUUUGGAGUCCAUUGAGUUCACGCCUGACUCCAGCCUCGAAGUCGUAAAGCAAGACGACCACGAGGCUCCUACAUGGUCUCGAUCGGGCGAAGCGUCGUCCAAAAAGCACGUCAGGAGAGGCUCGACUGACAGCCACAUGUUCAACAUGGAGGAUGCCGAUGGCGACGAGGCCGACGGCGCCAACGCCGCCAGCAGACGUAUGAGCCAACCCGCGGGUGCACGCAGCGUCGUUGAUCGUAGCCGAAGUCGGAGCCGCAGCAGAGCGGCGAGCGCGGAAAAGCGACUCUCGCCUGCUCACUUUGCCAUGUCGAAACCGAUGAUGCCGACGUCUCAGAUUGUGCCCAGCCCCCUGCCCGAGAGCAUCGAGGAGAUCAACGCAGCAGACGAAGGCGAGACGUUGCGGCAAAAGACGCCGCGUCCCUUCCGGGCGACGGAUGAUCAAGGCGAGACGAUCAAGUUGGGUCCUUCGGCCUUGGAAGGCGCGACGGCGUCCCCACGAAAUACUGAAGAAGUUCGUGAAUCGUCUCCGAUUCGCCAGGAGCACUUUCUGCUCAUGGAGGAUCUCACCGGCAGGCUCAAGUCGCCUUGCGUUCUGGACCUCAAGAUGGGCACGCGCCAGUACGGCCUCGACGCAACCGAUGCGAAAAAGAAGAGCCAGACGAAAAAGUGCGACAAGACGACAAGUCGGACGCAUGGCGUGCGCAUCUGCGGCAUGCAGGUCUACGAUGCGACAAAGGGCAGCUACCUAUUCCAGGACAAGUACUACGGGCGCAAGGUGUCACCCGACGACUUUCCCCACGCCCUCGCUCGCUUCUUCCAUGAUGGCCGACGGCUCCUGGUGCAUCACAUCCCCAUCAUCCUCGAGAAGCUGUACAGGCUGGCACGCAUCGUCCACGAGCUCAAGAGUUACAGGUUUUAUGCCAGCAGCCUCCUCUUCAUCUAUGACGGCGACGAGAGCACCCAGGAUCGGCUCGAGGCCGAGUUCGAGGCAAGACAGCGAAGGGGCCUGGCCGGUUGCUCGCCCUUUGUCAUUGAGAGCCUCCAGGCGAGCCCAGUGACCGGACCAGUGCUCUCGCCUUCCAAGAUCGACGAUGCGUUUUCGCCCACGUCAAAGAGCAGCAGCACUACGACGGCGUUUCAACCGGCGUCGGUCUCUUCGUCGCGUGCCUCGCUGUCGCCGCUCUUGCAGCCCUUGUCGCAGGGGACGUCGACGGUGCCUGCAUCUGGCCCUCCACGGCGGCGCCGUAAAAAGGGCGAGAUCAACAUUCGCAUCAUCGAUUUCGCCCACUGUACCACCGGCUCGGACUUUUACUUUCCACCACCCUCGCCCCUGGCAUUUGCAGGUGGUGCUGGUGAUGAGGUGGAGAAAGAGGAAGAGAAGAGGCAGAGGAGGGAGCGGCAGGAGGAAGAGGCCAGACGGCUCAAUCUCCCCUUGGCACGCUUCCCGCCGGGACUCAAGGACGGACCUGACUCUGGUUAUCUCUGGGGUCUACAGCAUCUCGCAGAGUCCUUUGAGACAAUAUGGCACGAAGAGCGGCUGAGGCGGAUGGAUGAAGCCGAAGCUGAGGCGGCACUGCAGAGGCAGCGCCAAACGCAGCAACAGCAGCCCGACGACGCAGAGGGCUUGGAUGUCCUCAUUGAGAGGAUCCGACAAGAGGCGGAUCUCGGUCCGCUCAAGAUUGAGGGUAGCGACGUCUUUCACGACAUUUUCGGAGACGGGCCAGCGGGCCUGCAUGGGUAUGUCUCGACUUAGCCUUUGAUAGAACUCUCGCUCCCGUUUCUCCUCGGAACAUUAUUCCCACGGCAACGGCCUGUCAGGUCACCCCCUAUCUUUUUUUUGUGUGUGUUUUUCUGUUGUCCUUUUUCUUUCUUUGUCUUUGUCGAGUAACCCUACACUAUCCGCACUGGAGCAAUUUCAUGUAGCAAGAGUACAGAGGUCUCCUAUGCCUGGAUUAAUACUAAAUGGGGA